AUGGCAGGGACUCCUCGCUCCAACUGGACGUUCAGUUUGGACCAUGGAGGUAAUGGGGCUCCCUUUGAAGAUCUUCGUCGAAGACUUGCUAUCAUCAACGGUUCAGCAACGUCUCUGACACCUGCAGGCGCUCGAGACCCACGUAGUCUUUCACUCCCUACCCAGGAUGCACCUACAUCGCAACCUGUGCCUCUUGCAUUGCCUCUAGCAUUCGACCGACCAGGGAGUCCUGCGGAGUCUGUCACUUCAACCGUGAAUUCGUCUACUUUUCGACCACCACAUCGUCUGCAGAUCGGCAGCACAGACAGCCAGAAAGCCGCUCCUGCGAUUGGAUCUUCCAAGGCGAAUGCCACAGGAUUACUCGAAGCGCAUUCCAAACUACGGCCCGAUGAUUCUGACGAACAUUCAGGUCGAUCUUCGCCUGUCUCUCCGGCUGGUACGAUACGCGUGCACGAACGACCACGGGUGGCAUCGUUGGCUCCCAUCUCAACCUAUGACGGUCAGGAACCCGGUAUCAGUAACCUGCUCGAACAUCUGUAUCUCGAUAAUAACCGUGAACUGCAAAGUGAUUUCGGACCACGAGUACACGAGGGUCCUGUCCGCCGGCGAAAUGCACCUAGGCGUAGCUUUAUCUCGCGGGAUGGUUCCUCCAGCCGACCAGAGAGCACCCUGAUCGCUCAUCUCGGUUCACAUUCUGACGCUGUCACCGGCUUGGCAGUUUCGCCCGAUCACAUGUUCUUUGUCUCGGCUUCCGAUGACAAGACGGUGAAGGUCUGGGACACAGCGCGGUUAGAGCGAAAUGUGACGAGUAAGCCUAGACAUACAUAUGGGCAGCAUCAUGCGCGCGUCAAGUGUGUCUGCAUGCUUGAGGGUGUCCAUUGUUUCGCCAGUGCUGCUGACGACGGAAGCCUCCACGUCGUUCGUGUACAUGCGAGCCAGAGCGGAACCCUCCCGAAGUACAGCAAGUUGCAAGUAGUUCGCGAACAUCGGAUCCAGCAUCCUGGCGAGUACAUCACGACUAUGGUGCAUUACAACACAGACGCGUCGUCCAAUCUGGUGUAUGCUACGACUCAUUCAACGAUCUCGAUCCUUGACCUGCGGACAAUGCGGCUUCUACAGAACAUGGAGAACCCUCGCCACUAUGGGCCAAUUACAUGCCUGUGCCUGGAUCGCAAACGCUCUUGGAUAGUUUGCGGCACUUCGACGGGCGUACUUUCUCUGUGGGACAUUCGGUUCGGUAUCUUGAUCAAGAGCUGGAAGGCGAGCGUUGCCUCUGGAGGAAAGUCGGCUCGCAUCUAUCAGUGUGCGGUCCAUCCUGCCCGUGGGAAAGGAAGGUGGAUCAUAGUUGCAUUGGAGCUGCCCAAGACGAUCCCGGAGCACGAUCCUCACACCCUGCUCGAAGUCUGGGACAUCGAGAAAAUUUCUCUAGUGGAGAGUUUUGUCACCAGGGCCGUUUCGAAUCCUUCGCAAGAGUUGGAAGCGCCACAGGAGUGGGCUGUCACUGAUGCUGAGACAAGUCCUGCGGCGGCUAUCGCGGCCUUGGUCCGCUCUCGUCAGGAAAACGGGAGUUCAUUAGAAUCUACUGCUCGGCGCCCUCGGUCAAACACUCAGGUUGCGACUAGGGAUGAUCUGUCCCUCCACCCAUCUCCGGACAUUCGUUCUAUCUUGGUCGGUGCCGAAUUUGGUGGACACACUGUCUUACAUAGGUCAACCAUGGCGGACCAGGGUGAUAACAAGGCACCCAGUCGUGCAACCUCCGGACGUGGCUUCCUACUGACUGGUUCUGAGGAUCGCAAAUUACGGUACUGGGACCUGGGACGGGUGGAAAAAUCUGCGAUGCUGACAGGGAUUGAGACUGAGGGUGAUAAACCAACAUACAGUACCGCUCGUACCUCGAGUGGCUCCGUCACCGCUUACGUUGAGACUUCAGCGGCUUCACCAGAUUGUGGCCACAAUAAUCGCCCACCACAACGAAUGUCACUGAUAAAUCAUAAUCAGCAAAACCUAUUGAAAGGCCACCAAGAUACCAUCACUGCUCUUGCCAGCAUUGAUUCUCCGUUCCGAGGCGGGGUUGUGAGCGCUGAUCGAGCAGGAGUCAUCAAGGUUUGGAGGCUUGAAGGACUUGAUCUAUAUUGA